AUAAAAAAAGGACACUACUACAAAUACCAAUGCAAAGAAAAAAGCUGCUUGGCAAGAAAUAUUGUCUAGGUAGCAUUGUUUUAUUUUAAUUCUUUCAUUUCUUUCAUUAUCUCUACUACCAAAGUGGAAAGCACUCAUGUUUAUAAAUGUUAACCUUUUUCAGUUUUAAUAGCCUUAAUAAAAAGCCCAGGGAUAUGACACAAAUUGUCACCCAGUGGCGUAACACAAAAGGCCUAGUUAAAACUAGAGAGUCGGAGUAUCGGCGGGCCAGGCAGAUGACUGGUGGAGGACCUCCACCACCAAGUCCGCCACAAGAAGAUCUCGAACUAAUUCAGUCAUUGCCUAAUGAGUUUGUGAUUGACAGUAAUGUUUUUGAUAGUGAUAGCAUAUUUAUUGAAACAAUAAAACAGUCACAGUCAACAGCAACUGAAAAGAUGAUGUCAGAAUCUGGGUUAGCCACCACAGAAAUAGCAAUUAUUGUAGAUUCUGAGAAAUCAACUCAGUUAUCUAAUACUCCUGAUGUGGAAGAAAAUCCAAUUUUAUCAACACCACUAGCAGCAACAAAAGUAGAGAAACACACAAUAAAAAGGAAAUUAUAUAAGCCUAAACACAAACCUAAACAAAAUAACAAGGUAACAUCAUAAUCACAGUACUUAUGGUUAUGCCUGAUGGUUGCAUGAUUUUUUUCAUAAAUUACAAAACUGACUGUACUGAAUAAAUUAUGUAUGACGCUAGUAGUGGCAAAUUUCACCAAAGUUGCCGCAUUUAAUAAGGAUUAUAAAAUGGUAUAGCACUUUGCACAAUAUUUCUUAAAUUCGACACAAAAAAAGAUUUUUCAACGAAACUCCAUUUCGAUGAAUUUAUUUGAACUUACUAAAAAUUCUUCUAGUGUACUGAAAUCAUACGUUAUAAUAUAACCUCGUAUGCACUAGACAGUACUUUGCACGCUAUUUGUUAUCAUCAUGUUGAAAAUCAGCGAGGAUCUCUUGUCAAACAACAUUGUCUGUUUACCCGUGAUUUCGCUUACAGCUUUCGUCGGCAAUAUAUUGUAACGUAUGAUUUGAGUACACUAGAAGAAAUAUUAGUAAGUUCAAAUAAAUUCAUCGAAACGGAGUUUUGUUGUGUCGAAUUUAAGAAAUAAUUUGCAAAGUGCUAUACCAUUUUAUAAUCCUUAUUAAAUGCGCCAACUUUGGUGAAAUUUGCCAUUACUAGCGCCAUACAUAAUUUAUUCAGUACAGUCACUUAAAGUAAGGUGAAAAUUUUAUUCAGAGUCUUUGGUUCCUCUAAAACUAACAAUGUUUUCCAAUCUAAAGCAGUUGGCUAAGAAUUUAUGAUUCCAUAUUACUGGAGCACUAUUCAGGUUAAUGUAAGGAAGACUGCAGCCGAAAAAAAAAUUAA